AUGCCCUAUCUAGCGCAGACGAUGCACCAGCCGGACUCUCACGCUAGCAUUAUUGAGCAUGACGGCCUAACUAACGAUGAAAUAUGGCUGGGCGGGCCCUGCCCGUCAUCUCAAAAGGGAGGAAAGCCAGGCGAAAAAUCUCGGAUGAUUGAUGUGGAGGAGGUCAAGCCAUCGACGAAGCCGCCCCGACGACAGUUGCCCCGUAUAAGCAUUGGCACAAUCGACACUAAAAUGGAGCAGGUCCGAGAAGCUACCAGUCAGUAG